AUGCGCUUUUGGAAAAAAAAAAAAAAAAAAAAACCACAAUUCGAUCUUCAAAAAUAUAAAGAACACGAUGAUCAUGAGAAUAAAAAGAAAAAAAAACAUUUGUCCAUAACAUCCUCGUGCAAUUCUUAUAAUUAUUACACCUCGCUCAAAUCUUUCAACCUAUCGAUUAAUUCAUCAAGCACAAGUUUAACUUCUAUCGCAACUCUCACCAGCAUAAAACCAUUGUCGUAUUCAACUUUUUCGUCUUUAACUUUUGAUGAUUUGCCAGUUGAGAUCAUAAUAAAGAUUUUCGAUUUCCUCAUCGAACCGACUGAUUGUCUAAGAGUUUGGAGAGACAAUUAUUACAGCGAAAACAACAAUUAUGAUAACGACAUAUCACCGAAUCACUUUAAUAAUGAAAUUCUUUUCUCACGUGACCAGUGGUUUGCGGCUGAAAAUCAACGAAGAACUUUGAGGCUGACGUGUAAAACUUGGAAUUCAAUUUUGCUAGGGUUACUAACUCAAAUGGAAAUCGAUCUUUACAGGACAAAGAAAUACGAAUUAGAAAAUUGUGUUUUACGCCCAAAGAAUCUUCAAAAACUUUCAAUCUAUGAUACAGGUUUCUCAAAUAACAAUCCAAUCUUAGGUACUGGAAUUGAUCAAUGGCUAAGUCAAAAUGUUUCACAAUUGCAAAGCUUAUCACUGAAAGAUUGUCACGAUUUAACGAUCAACGGAUUAUUGAACCUUCCAAGCAUAUUAACUGAAUUGAAGAUAAUCAAUUGUUCACAAAUUAUUCCUGAAUUGAUAAUUGUGCUAAAAGGCUUGUCAAAUUUAAAUCAUUUGACAUUAAACACAAAUCGAUUCUUUGUUGAUCCAUCAUUCUCCAAAGAUAUCGAAAAAACUUUACCAAACCUUACAUCAUUACAUAUUAUCAUACCUUGUAGCAUCAAAUUCGGCACCGACCACAGUUAUGACAUUGACAACAUAACAAGAGUAAUAUCGGAUGACAUGAUUAUAAUCAAACAAUGCAUUCCACCAAACAGUUUUCCAAAUCACAUUAAAGAAUUGAUUUUGUCACAGGACCUUCCGCAAAAGAAGCAUCGCAUAUUAACAAAAAACGAUUAUGAACAAAUGGGUCCGGAUGAUGGGUCACCGUUAAAAGUCAAGCAUGUCUUGGUGUUGAAUGAUCCAAAUGCUUAUCCCAGUUCAUUAAAACGUUUAGAUGUCUCUAAAUGUUUCUUUGACAACAACUUAUUUGCUUUGCCAUCGGACCGGUUAACAUCUUUGUCACCAUUGACGCAUUUGACCGCGAGUUAUCCUUCUUUACCACGAGAUUAUGACACUAUCAGUUUACCAUCAACACUCGAAUAUCUUAAUGUAACGGGUUUCGUUUAUCAUGCUGCCUACGAAAGUGACUCGCACUACACAUAUCACGCAUACGGUAGAAAAUGGAUUGAUUUACUUCCGAAAAAUGCUCCGUCACUACACACUCUGAUAUUACACUUGUACACAUAUGAUCCAGAAAAUCUUUAUUCGAUUAUCAAGUCCCGAUAUUCGAAAUCUUUACGUAAAUUGGAUAUUAGCAUUUGCUAUUCCGGAAUUACCGGUUUCGAGAAUGAUAAUUGUUUAUGCGAGAAAAAAUGUUUUCAGGCGCAAUGUUAUCGACGACAAAUGAUCAGGUCGCUUUCAAACUUAAAUGAACUGCGGUUACACAAUACAAUAGAUGAUGGUGAUUUGGACCAGUUACCUGAUUCAUUAAAAUAUUUUCUAUCAUCAUCAUCAACAGCAACAAUAAAAAUCCCAACCAACCUAAAACCAUCAGAUCCACAAGGUUCUGAAUUAUUAGAACAGGAAAGAUCACGAGCAACAUUCAAUGUACAAGACUUGACAUUGGUAAUAUAUGGUCGUAGGGAUUUGGAGAGAUUUGACAGAAUUUUGAAAAUACUAGAGAAUGAUCCGAACCUUGAUAAAAGCAAUAUUUAUUUUCUGGGUCGGACUGAAUUAUUUGAGCGUUCUUUACGAACAGAAAAAAAACUCGUGAAAUUAUCAAAAAAGAAUAAAUGGAGCCCUGAAGAAAAUCAAAUUGCCAUAUUUCUUAUUGAUUUAGCUGGCCCGUUUGGAGUUCAUCGAUCAAUGUUUAUACCAACACUAAUAGGUCAAGGAAAUGAAGAACAAAAAAAAAAAUUUUUACAUCAAGCCCUAGACUAUAAAAUAAUUGGAUGUUAUGCACAAACCGAAUUGGGUCAUGGUUCAAAUGUUCAAGGUUUGGAAACCACGGCUACUUAUAUACCAGAGACCGAUGAAUUUGAAAUCCAUUCACCAUAUUUGACUGCUUCCAAGUGGUGGGUUGGUGGUUUGGGAAGAGCUGCAAAUCAUGCAAUAGUAAUGGCAAUAUUAAUAACGAAUGGAAAGUCAUUUGGUCCACAUCCUUUUGUUGUUCAGAUACGUGAUCUGGAAACACACCAACCUUUACCCGGUAUAACUAUUGGUGAUAUAGGACCAAAAUUUGGUUAUAAUUCAAUGGAUAAUGGAUUUAUGUUAUUUGAUAAAGUGAGAAUUCCCAGAUUCAAUAUGCUAUCAAAAUAUUCUUGGGUAGAGAAAGGCACUGGUGUGUACAAGAGUCCACCAAACAACAAGUUAUCAUAUGGUACAAUGGUACUUGUACGUUCAGUAAUCGUCACUGGUGUUUAUUUGGCUAUGGCACGUGCAGCCACCAUUGCAGUUAGGUAUUCGGCUAUCAGAAGACAAUUUGUUGAUAAAGAUAAUCCAAAAAGAUUAAAAGAUGGUCGCAUAGUAGAAACCUCAGUGUUAGAUUACACGAUGCAACAAUAUCGUUUGUUUCCAGUUGUAGCGCAAGCGUUUGCUUGCUAUUUUACAGCAAAAGCGCUUCUGAAUUUGCAUCAUAAAUACACGGCACAAAGCUCAGAUGGUGAUUUUUCGUUAUUGGCAGAUUUGCAUGCGUCAAGCUCCGGACUGAAAUCAUUGACAUCAACGAUGGCGGUUGAUGCUAUCGAGGAUUGCAGACGAGCAUGUGGUGGACACGGAUAUUCUAGUUUUAGCGGUUUCUCUAAAUUCUAUCAGGAUUAUUUACCAAAUACUACUUGGGAAGGUGAUAAUUAUAUUCUAACGCAACAAACUGCUCGUUACUUAUUGAAAUCAUAUAGAGAUUUAGUGAAUGGAAAAGUUAUUAAUGGUUAUGGCAAUCCUUCCGAAUAUUUAUUAGACUAUUUGAAUAAUCCAACUGAUAAAUGUCAAGCAACCGAAUCGAAUCAUUUUCUUGAUCACGCAACACAACUAAAAAUAUUCGGGCACAGGGCAGCUCACCUAAUCUCAAAGACAAUCGAUAAAUUAGAUAAUCGUAACGCGUCGUGGAAUUCAUCAUUGGUGGAAAUUAGUAAAAUAUCAAAAGCGCAUUGUCAAUACUUGCUGGUACGUAAUUUCACCGGGGCGUUAGGCGAUGGUAGUAGAUUAGGUGAUGAGGAACAAAGAAUUUUGUCAGCCAGUCCAAAUUUAAAAAAUGUUUUGGCAUCAUUGUGUAAUUUAUUCUCGUUGCACACGAUAAUUGAAAAAGAGUCGGGUGAAUUUUUGGAGUCAGGGUAUUUGUCGAUUAGACAAGUGGAGUUGAUAAGAGAGGAGAUUUAUAAUUUGUUGAGAGAAAUCAGGCCAAAUAUUGUUGGAUUGGUUGAUUCAUUCCAUUUAUCAGAUUACCUUUUAAAUAGUGCUUUGGGAAGAUAUGAUGGUAAGGUUUAUGAGACAAUGAUUAAUUGGGCAGUCAAGGAACCACUUAAUAAUAUAACAUUUGAUAUUGAUCCAAAUAGUACAAAUUCAUUUAAAGGAAUUAAAUCCAAAAUUUAA